AUGGCAGUUGCAUCUACCCAACGCUUGCUUGAUGAGACGACUAUCCAGGCGAACGCCGUCAGUAAUGGUCGAGAGGAGUUUUCCUUUCAGGAUGUCGCAGAAACAGCCCGUUAUGUUUCUACGGAUACUGUAAAGCUUCCUGCGUAUAUCCUUCCUCCACAACGGAAAUUCAGUGGGGACGACUUGCAGUAUCUGGGGCAAAAAGGCGCACUGUCCAUUCCCGAAACUGAGCUGCGUGAUCAGCUUCUCCGUUCUUUCAUACUCUACAGUUACCCAUUCCUGCCAGUCGUCUGCCUGGAGGAUUUACUUCAAGCCCUUGAAGGCGAUGGCCAAUAUCAAAUAAGCCUCAUGCUGUUCCAGGCGGUGAUGUUUGCGGGAUCCGCAUUCGUGGAUGAACUAUACCUACAUCAAGCUGGAUUCGACGAUCGCCGGAGUGCAAGAGCAUCUUUCUACCACAAAAUCAAGGAAAGAUAUUUUCGUCCUACCUUCCAACCCUCACUGACUGUUUGCAGCUUCUCUACGAUUUUGAUUGGGAGCCUGAUCGAAUCACUCUUGUCCAGACUAUGUUACUUCAUACCUAUUGGCAUAACAUUGGGACUGAGUGAGAGAAUAACAUACGCACACGAGGACUUCAAGACCAGGAAGCUUUGGCGUCGGCUGUUAUGGUGCUGUUAUCUCCGAGACCGGAUCCUGUCAACGUCCGCUCGCAGACCCCAGCGCUUUAGGGAUAUAGAUAUCCAUAUUCCUAUGCUGAUCUUGGAUGAUUUCGAUCUUCACGCAUUGGUGACUACUAUUCCCGCGGUCAAAGACGCAUUGUCCGCCUUGACAUACGAUUGCAAGGUUGCCUUAGCACAAAUGUGUAUCUCUCAGUUACGACUUGCCUCAAUAAACGGCCGGGUCGUGGAGAGUCUUUAUGUCCUCCAGGUGUUCGGCGGUUCCACGAGUGGUCCGAAGAUAUUAUACAGCCCAAAGACUACAGAGAUUGGACCAAGAGUAAUUGAAAAUCUUGAGUGCGAACUUGAAAGGUGGAGAAAUCAAGUAGCCCAACAAUAUCUGAUGCCUCAGUCCCAGAGACCAGAGGCAACAACUGGAGAGGUUAUCUAUUUCCAUCAAUCUUAUCUCAAAAUGCUGCACCUAUUGGUUACGGAAGCGCUGCACAGACCACUGAGUCUGUCCCGAGGUGAAUCAACAAUUUCGAGAAGCCUUCUUCAGCAAAAGUCCAGACCUGUUGUCAAGACGUGCGCGAUUGGCACUGCAGAGCUUGUGAAAUGUCUACGAGAAAGAGAUCUUUUUCGCUUCUUACCUCCGGUUGCCAAUACGUGCAUUGGAGCAGCAGUUGCAUACUUCCUUCUUGAGAUGAAUACCGCCCAAAAGUCAUCCGAGAAUCUUGCAGGGCAGUCAGGUCCCCAUCUCCGACAAUGUAUGCGAGGACUCUGGAGUCUAAGAGAGGUCUGGCAGAUUGCAGAUUCCACAUGCCAGAUAGUUGGACACAUGAUACGUACAACUGAGGUGGAAACAGCGAGGGUCAUUGGUCUACAAGCGUCGCCGAUCGUACCAAACGUCACACUCGCUGCCACAACUGAGUCGCCGAGUAGUUCUUCCACUGCUGCGACCCCUAACGACACACGACGUGGCGGAUCUCAAGGCGUGGGAAACGAGACAUUCAUGGAAAAUACCACAGGUGUCUUUGAACAUGAUCCGGUGCUGUUCAGUUGUGAAAGCAGCACUUUCGAUCAAAUAGACGAUCAGGAGUUUUGGUCCUUGUCGAGCCAAAUGCCUUGGAGUUUGACCGAAUUUGGGUUGUCAGAGAACCAAUUUCAGGAUGGAAGAGCAACAGGCGAUGUUUUUGAUCGUAGCUGCCUGGUGUGA